UGGUGCCGUUUUUUCUAAUGUGAAGAUCCACAAAAAGAAUUUACUUGAUUUUUAUUUUUGAACUUGCAAUUAUUUUUUUAAUAAAACAAAAAUGGCUGUGGGCACGGCUGUUCCAUUCUGUAUGGGGUCAGUUUUAUAAAGGGAUUCCUCCUGCAUCUUUUAAAAAUUUUAGACUGACAAAAAUCCCUUGGGUUUUACAUUUUGGUUUGAUGGUUGAAAACAGCCAUGCGUCACAAAUGAUCCUAAGUAUUUAAAUGCUGUUGGUCACUUUUAAGCCCUUGUGUGUGGAAAUUGUUUAUUUUUGUACACUUUUUAAAAAUUUGGAAGCAAAAACAGAGAAAAAAACCAACCCAAGAAGAAAACAAUCUUCUUGUCCCCAAAGAUUCUGGAUCUGAAAUGUGAAAGGUGGGACCACAUGGUGCAAAGCAGUGAUAGCAAUAAAAGAGUCUUUCAAGACAAUACCCAAGAAAGAGGUCAAUUCAUCUCAAGGGCUGACAGAACAGUCCCAGAAAAUGUAGUGAUAACCAUAAAUUCUUUAUUGAGAUGUAAAGCUACAUUGCAUGUUGUCUAAGAAUGCAGGACUUUGAUCAUUCCCCCCACUGAGCCUGAAAGAAUGGGCUUAUGGCAUCAAGAAACUGGCCCCAUCUCUUUACUGGACCACCCUCUGUGCCUCUUGCAGAGCCAUGAUCCUUCUUCCCCAAGACCCUGUUUGGAUCCUGGAAUCCUCAAAAGAACUGCCUUCCUCCUCCACCUCAUUCAUUCCCCAGCUUUAGCAACAAUCCUAUCUAGGAAUGGAAAAAUACCAGCCUUUCCCUGUACACAAUGACCAUAUGGCAAGGAGCUGCUUUGAACUGCCACUAGCACAUUUGGACUGUGGAAGAACCCCUCAUGACACUCCCUUAGACUCCAGGAGAGUGUUUUUCCCCUUCCUUGUCUCAUGAUCGAUGGCACAUGUUCACACUGUUGUGUGAUGAAAUAAGAUCACUGCCUCAUCUCAGCGACUGAGCUACUCAGAAUAAAAACCUUGUUACAGCUUAUUUUGGGGAGGGGGAUGUAUGACUCCCUUCACUGCCUGUUGAAAUAUGAAUCCUUUCAGCCAGAUGAGAAGCGGCACAAUAGAGAACCAGCGGACCUUCAUUUGGUCAUAGGUCUCUCCGCUUUCAUGGAGCAUCAUAAAAUCUCUGCUGGUCUAUGAGCCCCUUGAGGGAGCGGAACUGACUGGAUGGAAAAUAAACCUGGCUCAGAGGGAGAUCUCCUCGAUUCAUUACUUUGUGUGUUGACAACCUGGUUUGGAGCAGUUGUUACCUUUGAGGUCUUGGCAUUGAGAAGAUGUUUGCAAAACUAAAGAAGAAGAUUGCAGAAGAAGCGGCUACUGCUCCCCGAGGGGUGUCCAGAAUGCCCAGAUCGGUCAGCAAGGAGUCCAUCACAUCCAUGGGAGCAGAUUCUGGGGAUGACUUUCCCUCUGAUGGAAGCAGCUCCAGAGAAGACCUCUCAUCUCAGUUGUUCCGAAGGAAUGAACAAAUACGGAAGCUAGAAGUCAAGCUGUCUGAUUAUGCUGAACAGGUCCGAAACUUGCAGAAGAUUAAAGAGAAGCUUGAGAAUGCUUUAGAGACCCAUCAAGAUUCCUUUGUGAAGAAACUCCAGGAGCAGAAUGAAGCUCAUCAGGCUAGCACUGCCAAGAUGGCAGAAGGAAUGGCCUUGGCACUGGAGAAAAAAGACCAGGAAUGGAAAGAGAAGCUUUCUCAUCUUGAAAAGGAGAAGAAGCUCCUUUCAGCACAGUUGCAAGAUAUGAGAGAGCAGAGUUUGAACCUGUUCCAGAAGAGGGAUGAAAUUGAUGAGCUGGAAGGUUUUCAGCAGCAGGAGCUGGCUAAAGUUAAGCACAUGCUUUUGAAGAAAGAAGAGUUGCUGGCCCAGAUGGAAGAAGAACUGGGCUCUGCUACACAAGAGGUGGCAUGUGUCCAAGAGGAGCUGCAGGUCUCCCGUGCAUUGUCCACACGCCUGGCUGCAGAGCUGCAGGAGCUACAGCAGCAGCAUGCGGACCUGCAGGCAGAGAGAGCUGAGCUUGAAGAUGCAGAGAGGAGUGCAGAAAGCAAGAUCACCAUGCUAGAGCAGCGAGGCCAUGAGCUCCAAGCCUAUGUUCAACGGCUAUCAGUAGAUCUACAAAAUGCUCAGGUUGCUGCCUCUUGUUGUGAAAAGAGACUGGAAACCUUACAGGGAGAGCAUGACUCUUUGAAGCUGGAGUAUGAACAGCACAAGCAAAAGAUGAUUAUUGAAGUGGAGGAGAAAAGCCAGCUAGUUGGCCACUUGCAAGAGAAAGUGACCAUGCUGGAGAAGCGAUUUGAAGGGAACCUCUCUGGUGAUGAGCAUAUUCGGGACCUGCUCAAAGAGAAAUGUGCUCUGGAACAGCGGCUGGAGGAGGCCAGGCAGCAGCUCUUGGCCACACGGACAAGUCACACGGAGAACAUGAGCCUUCUAGAGACGCAGAUCAACAAACUGAACGGCAAAUUGGCUGAAGGACAGGCAUGUCUGAGCGAGAGAGAGGAGCUUGUGCGCAGUCUCCAGGAAAGCACUUUGCAGCAGCAGAAGGAUCUUGAACAAGCUCUCCGGCUUGCCAGUGAAGCAGCAGCAAAAAGCAAAGAGGACAUAGAAGAGAGAGAGCUACAGAUUCAAAAGCUGCAAGCGGACCUGGAGCUGGAGAGAAUCAAAUCAGAGGAAGGCCUCUCUGCUGCACAGCACCACUACGCAGUGCAAAUGGGAAAGCUGGAGGAGCAGGCUGCAGCCCUUGAAGCUGCACAGGAGUCUGAAAGGGUGGCUUCCCAGUGCAAGAUUAGCCAAUUGGAGAAAGAAAAUGAAGAACUUAAAAUAAGAUGCAAAGACAUGGAAAACUCAUUAACGCUGCAAGAGUCGGAACUUGAAAGACUAAAGGCUGAAUUAAGAAGUCAUGCUGAAAUUGCCCAAACUCAGGAGGAGACACAAAAGCAAAGGGAAGAGCUACUGCAGCGGCAGGUUGCAGACUUGACAUCAUUAUUAAAGGAGAAAGACCUAUUGAUCGUUGAAAAAACAGACACACUUUUGAAAGAGGAGGAAGAGCUGAAGCACUUAAGGCAAGGCCAUGAUGCACUUGUGCAGCAGAUCCAACAGUUGCAAUCCAGCCUCAAGCUGUGCCAGCAGCAGGCUGCUGAGCAAGAAGCUGAGGCAGAAAUGCAGAGGAAUGCAUUGCAAGCCCAGCUGCGGGAACAGCAGGAGCGCCUGGCAGCCAGCGAAAAACAAGCUGCUACACUCGUAUCAGCAGCCCUGAAAAAACACUUGCACCCCUCUGAAGAUGGAGAAGCUGCUACCAAUGGGGAGGUGUCUGCUACAGAUGUAGUCCAGCUCCAGAAGGAGAACAGAGAUCUGGAGCAGCAAAUUGCAGAGAAGAACAAGAUGAUAAAGCAGCUACAACAGAGAAUGACAGAACUAAAGAAGACCUUGCAGAAAGAACUGAAAAUCAGGCCUGAUGGCGAGGUCCCUGAAGCACCCACUGCUGCCUUGACUGUGACAAACAAUGCAGACCUAAAUGACUCCCGAGAGAUAAACUUUGAGUACCUUAAGCACGUGGUGCUAAAAUUUAUGUCCUGCAGGGAAUCUGAGGCAUUUCAUUUAAUCAAAGCCGUAUCUAUGUUGCUCAACUUCUCUCAAGAGGAGGAAAACAUGCUCAAGGAAACACUGGAGUACAAGAUGUCCUGGUUUGGGUCAAAGCCACCUCCCAGGGGUAGUAUCCGACCUUCUAUCUCAAGUCCAAGGACGCCUUGGUUGUAAAAGACCCUGAGGAUGUGCUGCUUUGCCUGCCUCAAGUUGCUUUUUUUUUCCUGUGAGAAGGAUGCUGCAUCCACUGAGGUCUUACUUGCUCUCACCGCAGUAUUUUGUACAAGAACUUUGGGGGGAGAACAUGUUUACAAAGCUGUACUGGAAAACCAAUGUUCUUUGCUGUAACUGGCGACACCUUUGGGAAUCACAUCCAUCAGGGUGGGCCAUGUGGUGGCAGUAAUUGGUAGCACGGACUACCCCAACAAUGUACCGGAAGCAACCAGUGGGUCUUGUGUUUGCAUCCUUCCCAACUUCCCCUAGGAAUGGGAAGUUAUUUGGUCUUCUCAGACUUAACACCUCCCUUGCUUAUGAACAUGACUUUCCUAUGACUGCAGUGUCUGGUGCGUUCAACCUCUCUGGAACGGGCAUCCUAGGCCACCGGCUGGAGAGCACAACUUUUUAAGAGCUGGCCAGCUUUAUUUUUCUUACAGAAAAAUAAUUUUAAAUCGUCGUUAUGACAAUACUCUUGCCUUUUAAACUGGUGUAUUAAAUGUGUAGCAAUGUACAGACUGGGAAGUGGAUGGCAGCCACUCAUUUUAAAAGCGGGAACAGAGAGCUUAGUAUUAAGACAAGGCACCAAAACCUGACUCCUUGACAGAAUUGCUAUUAAAGCAGGUCUGCUUAUCUGGAACUGUAUUCACACUGGAGGGAGUAGGAAGGGCUAGUGACCCAGUGAUGUGCACCAGCCUCUGAAAACAUAUCCUAGAAUAGGUUUCACCCACAACUGGCUCAAGAAGCAUUGGUCCUGUGUUAUUACUCUUUAAUUGAUGGACUGGGUCACACAAUUGCAGUUAACUUUUAACCAGUUUGGGCAUGUACUUGGUCUACAACUCCCAGCAUGAAAGCUGUCUGAUGAGGUUCUGGAAGUUGUAGACAAGAAGUAACUUUUUCUAACUCUGUGUUGCUGUUUGAGGGCUAUUGUAUUCAGCUGGACUUAUUCCAAGAAACUGCUGUUGAUUUUUUUCCUUUAUUGAGUAACCAAAAACAACACACUACGCCCUUAGUUUACAAACUGCAGGGUUGUUAUUUUUUUAAUAACCUAACCAGUGUAUUUAGUGAUGCUACAUACUGUACAGGAACACCAACCGUGUAAUGCAGCAGGUUGCAGUUCCGGUUAUUACUGCAUGUUGCAAAGCAACAGUAUUUUGAGCAACGUCUUACCAAGGAAAAUUCAAUGAGGGGAUUGCAUUUUUCUUUAUCAAGAGCAUGGAGUAAAAUUUGUAGCAAUUGGGUCUCCUGAUACUGCUCAAGAACCACUGUCAUGGUAUUGCAUAGAAACCCUCAUGGACAGACUGUAGUAGCCUUAGUGCUGAAUUCUUGUGAGCUUUCAAGAGCAAGAAUGAGGUGUGUAUAUUUAUUCAUAGCAGCAACUAAUGCACUUUUUCUUCUUGUACAAAGGAAACACAAACCACCUACGGCGUAUGUAUAUAGCAAAAAGGCAUUUAGGGACACUUGGCUAGCCGACUCAUUCAGUGUACAUAUGGAUUAUAUUAUGUAAUGGCUUCUAGAAACCUAAUUUGUGGUGCAAUACAUUUUUGAUUAAACCGUGAGGCUCACUUAUUUAUCUUC